AUGUACCCCCGGUUUGUCCUGACUGGGCCCCCGACCGAUCCCGACUGCCACGUCAUCUUCUGUUCCGGCGACGAAUUGGAGCGAACCGUGUUCCGAGUCAGGGACUGCACCACCGUCCGUUCGCGAGAAGUGGUGAUCGCUGCCAUGACCUCCUUUCGAGGGGAGAUGUACGGUUUAGUCGACACGGACGACCGUGGAUUCGAGUUUGUGACCGUCCACGUGGUCAACGGUGGGUUAAAGUAUAGACCGUUGUUGGACGAGUUGGGUCGAACCGUAAAGUUGAUGAGAGGCAGUUAUCUCGAAGUCGGCAUCGAGUUUAAGGUUUUACGGGUGGAGGUUUCCUACAACCGCCAGGUGGUGUGUGUGGAGCUCGAGAGCGUGGACGAGUGGACCAUAUUCAUCAACAGUUUAGGGAGCAGCUUUUGCCGCACCUCUCAAAAAGGAGCAUGUCGACCUAAUUGUGUAUAUUACACCGAUGAUUAUAUAGGCAGGACGGUGAAAGUGUACGACUUGGGGAAGAGGUGCACGACCGUGUUGAUGCCUUUUCGUUAUGCGGGACGCUAUGUGUCGUUAUGUUAUUGGGUCGACAUCCCCGACAUUCCUGAACCUGAACUUGAACCACAAGAAGUUGAACACAAUCCUGAACCUGAACUUGAACUAGAACCACAAGAAGUUGAACCAGAACCUUGA